CUCAAGUUUACUGUCUAAGCUUGAAGUAGUUUACCGAGUGAUCCCAAUUCCCUUCUUAGAUACAAAGAUGGCUAGGUCCAAGGCGGUUGCUGUUGCUUUCUUGGUUCUACUCAGUCUUGGGCUCUCCUCUGCUGCUAGGUCUAUAUCCUAUGGUAGUGGAGGGGGAGGAGGUGGAGGUAGUGGAGGUGGUGGAGGGGCCGGCUCGGGCAAUGGCUCUGGAUAUGGUUCCGGCUAUGGUUCAGGCAGCGGUUCUGGUUAUGGUGGGGCACAAGGGGGAGGGUACGGAAGUGGUGGGGGUGGGGGUAGUGGAGGUGGAGGUGGAGGUGGUUCCGGGUAUGGAUCAGGAUCUGGUAGUGGUUCUGGCUAUGGAUCCGGAAGUGGAAGUGGUUCCGGUUAUGGAUCUGGAGUAGUUGCAGGUGGUGGGUAUGGAAGUGGAGGUGGUGGCGGCGGAGGUGGAGGUUCUGGACGUGGAUCCGGAAAUGGUAGUGGGUAUGGUUCGGGGAGUGGAAGUGGAUACGGUGCCGGAGGAGCUGCCGGUGGAAGUGGUUAUGGAAGUGGUGGGGGAGGAGGUGGUGGAGGCGGCUAUGGUAGUGGGAAUGGGAGUGGGUCUGGCUAUGGUUCAGGAAGCGGUAGUGGAUCUGGCCAUGGUGUUGGUGGAGGUUAUGGCAGUGGUCAAGGUGGAGGAGGAGGAGGCGGUGAAGGUUCUGGAAAUGGUUCCGGUUAUGGCAGUGGCUCUGGAUAUGGUUCUGGCUAUGGCGGUGGACGUGGCCAAUACCCAUAAAGAACAUUAGAUGCCAUACUAAUUAAUCGUCUCUCUCUCUCUCUCCUUAAUUUUGACUUUACCUUCUAUUAUAUCUGUAAUAAAACAACCGUUGAUGUUCUUCCUUCGCUAUGAAGGGUAGAAGACAACGGUGGCUUGUGAUGUUCAUGUAUUCGUGUAUGUACUAGUCUUUUUUACGUGUUUAAGAAUAAAAACUAAGGUUUCUUUUGAUUCUCA